CUGAAUGCAGAAUGCCGAUUUCCGACCUGCUCCAGGAUGGCCGCUAUUCGGACCUCACUAUCAAAUGCGGUAACGACUCGUACAAAGUCCACAAGAGUAUCCUCUGCAGUCAGUGCGAAUUCUUCCAGAAGGCUUGCGAGGGUGGUUUCCAGGAGGCUUCCAGUAACAUCAUUACGCUUGACGAUGAUCCUCCGGCAGCUGUCAAGGCUAUGAUUGAAUACUUUUACUCAGCAAAAUUCAACAGUCCCUUGGCAGACACGGCAAGCGAAGAAGAACGGCUUAGAAAGGAGGUUGCGCGGAUCUUUGAGUCUCUAGGCGAUAGAAUCUGGGCAGAGAGCGAUUAUUCUGACAUCAUACGACACCUGUAUGAGAGUACCAAUGAUUCUUUCGAUAGACUUCGGAACAUCGUCAUUUGUGUAGCGACGGAACAAUACGUGAGACUGGUGGAAGACUCUCAAUUCCGGGAUCUCAUUGGGUCCUUGCAAGGCUUUCGAGAGGGCAUGCUAGAAUCCCUGACUCCCCUCGUUGAGGACUACACAGAGAAAAAGAUCUCUCACUACAACUGCCCCUGCGGCUACGUAACGACAAUAGAUGGGAACUACGAGCGUCUAAAAAUGGGAGGUACUUACUAUUGUAUAUCAUGCGGUACGAACUACACAGGCCAGCAGUGGAAUGGAUGGAAGGAAGAUGAUGACUGA